AUGGAGUCGGGUACCGGUAUCGGUACCGGGCAGGGGAAGAGCGGCUCCUCCUCUUCUUGCUUCCUGUACUACGCGUACGGCAGCAACUUGCUGCGGGAGCGGCUGCUGCUGAGCAACCCCUCGGCGGCGCUGUACGGCCUGGCACGCCUGCAGGAUUUUAAGCUCGAGUUUGGCCAUCAUCAAGGCAGGACGAGUUCUGUCUGGCAUGGAGGUACAGCUACCAUUGUUCAGAGCCCUGGAGACGAAGUAUGGGGAAUAGUGUGGAAAAUGAACACUAGCAAUUUAAGUUCACUGGAUAAGCAAGAGGGAGUUGAAGCUGGCAUUUAUGUCCCAAUAGAAGUUAAUGUCCACACUCAAGCAGGAGAGGUACUGACCUGUCGGAGCUACCAGAUGCAGGACUAUGUCUGUGGUCCCCCUUCUCCUCAGUAUAAAAAGGUUAUCUGUAUGGGUGCAAAACAGAAUGGCUUGCCAUGUGACUAUCAGAAGAAAUUAGAAGCUAUUGAGACUAACAACUAUGCAGGGCCAGUACCAAUCAUGGAAAGAAUUGAAGCUGCUAUUAAAGAAAAGGAAAAAGACUCUGCAUAGAAUACCUCUGCACUUGCCUGGCCAUUCACCUUCAUUUAGGUAUCUCUCAUCACUCUGCUGAUCAGCAGUUGAUUUAUUUAUCCAGGAAAGAUGAGUUUGCUCUGCAUCUACAUCAGACAUAAUUUGCAGUCUGGUGACACACUGACAUUGGUAACUUCUUUGCUUUGUAUAGCUUGAGUACCUGCUGAAGUUGUUGCAGAUGUAGACAUUCUGUAAUUGUCAUGCUGUGCUGCACACAGAUCUGUGCUUCAUGUCCCAUUUACUGACCUUUCUAAAAGAAAAAGGCCAUCUUGAUGAGUAUAUCUGUUACCUUCUGAGGAGUAAGUGCUGCAGGAUCAGGCCCUUUGUUCUUCAGUACUGUAUACACUAGUGUCAAGACUUGGAAAGAUUUGUUAGAUGCAAAGUAGACUCAAACUCUAAACCAAGACUAAACUCUUUCCUCUGCUGCUUCUCUUGAUGGUUUAAAAGCCAAGCUACCUAAAGCCAUGGACUUCCUGUUUCUGUUUAUAUAGUUAACAAAGAAAAGUAAUGGUAUUUUUAAACUAUUUCCAUGUUUUUAAGUGUUAGUCCAAAAGGCAGCCCAGCCCUCAAGACAGCAUUCAGCAAAGGAUCUCAUCCAAAGUCUAAUGGCUGUCUACUUUCUAUGCACAUUAAUAGGUUAGGUAUAACCAAUGAAUUUUAAAGAAUUCAUCUUAGUUAGAUUAUUCUAAGGGGUUUUUAAAUUACCAUUUUGACUGGCUUGGUGCUAUCGAAGCCUUGCUCUCACUUCCAGUGAAAUCAGGAAGUCCCCUGUGACUCCUGCUGCAUUUGUGUCAUGGGUUUGCUUGUCUGUUAAACCCCAGAUGAACAGACCUGGCCUCUUCCCCACCACAAGCUUUGACAAUCCUUUGCAACACUGGAAGCUUUUGCAAGGCUUAGAGUACUUACCUUCAUGGCACUUGGCAACCACUGUAGUUAACCUGUGGGGAGCAAGGCAAAACUGACACCCAGAAAGGUGUCAAACAACUGAACUUUGGUUUAUCUUCUGUACAGUGUUUUGUUGCUGUUCUCUUAAUGUACAGAGGGGUGUAAGAGAUAACCAGUGUCACUGUGUGACUGCUUAAAUAAACAAAUGACAAAGUAA